AUGUCCUCCCGUCCGCCCGCCGCAUGUUGUGCCACCGGCACCCUUCACCAGGGUACUCCAGUGGGGACCAUGGUGAAGAUCGAUGGCAAGAUCGACGGUUAUCGAGCCAAGCCUUCCGCCCAGACUCGCACAGCCAUCUUGUACAUCCCAGACAUUGUCGGCAUCUGGCAGAAUAGCAAGCUCAUGGCAGAUGCAUUCGCUGAGCAGGGUUAUGUCUGCCUCGUUGUUGACAUAUUCAACGGGGAUCCAGCGCCUUUAAACAUGCCCGAUGGUUUCGACAUAAUGGGAUGGUUGACUAAAGGGUCUCAGGGGGACAAGUUGUUGGCCAGGUUGGCGAUUCUUUCAGGAAGGAAUCUCGUGUCUGGCUGUGGAGGAGCGGUACACCGUUGGCCCCUUCCCUUGGUUGUGGCAUGGUUCAAGAGUCAUCCUUCUUUCGUGGAGGAACAGGAGCUAUCUGCUGUUGUUGGCCCACUGUCAAUUGCUGCUGCCGAGCAUGAUGAUAUUUUUCCUGUGGAGAAACGCCACGAGAGUGAAGCUAUUCUGUCCAAGUCCAAGAAUGAGUGGCAGAUCAACCUGUUUUCCGGAGUACAUCACGGCUUUGCUGUUAGGGGGGAUAUGAGCGACAGUAAGCAACGGUUUGCGAAAGAACAAGCUUUCAAUCAAGCAGUGGCAUGGUUCAAGACAAAGUACCAGGAGCAAGCCCUGAACUCUUACCCUGAGGUGUCUGCCAGUAUUCUAGCUGCAAUUAGUUUGCCCGACAGCUAA